AUGUGCGGACCCCUCUACAUCGACCCCUCAAUCCAAGUGACUCGCUACAGCGGGAGAAUCCUCCCCGGCGAGACGCCCAUCCAAGCGGCAGUGCGUCGCCACCAUGAGCGAAUGAGUAUCGAUGAAACAGAACGGGACCGGAAAGGUUCAUUCUCAGAUGACAAUCCCAGGCCUCCUGAGAAGGUCAAGAACGAUAAAGAUUUUCAAGUGGAGGAGGUAGAGGAGAAGAUACCGGAGGUUGGGGAAUCAGAGGUGUUUGAGAAUAGGAGGCGAAGGUCCUCGUGGGGAGAUCGGUGGAAGGGGUUCAAGCGACAUUAUCUGCCGUGA